CCCGCUUUAUUUGCAUGGCGGAUUUUCAAACUUUCAAAAUCCCUCUCAAAUUCACAAACCCUUAUCCCCCGCCAUCCCCAACAAACCCCUUCUUAACGCUACCUCUUCACUGGGUUCAUCUGUAGCGUACAAUUGCCUAUCUCUGUAGCUGAAGAAGGAAAUGGAUUUAGUUCCCAAACACGCCGGAGCAGCGACGGAAUCUGGAUCUAAAGAUAUACCUUACUGCCGUAAACAGAAAUCCCUCGGCCUCCUGUGCUCCAAUUUUUUGAGCUUGUACGAUCACGAUGGGGUGGAGUCAAUUGGGCUGGACGAUGCCGCAUCGAAAUUAGGAGUGGAGAGGAGGCGGAUCUAUGAUAUAGUGAAUGUUUUGGAGAGCGUUGGCAUUCUUACGAGGAAGGCGAAAAAUCGAUAUACCUGGAAAGGAUUUGGAGCGAUCCCGAAGGCUUUGGAAAACCUAAAGAGAGAAGGUCUAAGAGAUAUUGGGCCUGCAGCUGAUACGAGUUGCUCUGAGAAAAUUUCAGACGAUGAAGAAGAUGAAAUGUGCUCAGAUAUGAACAGCUUAAGUCAGAAUGAUAGAUCGGAUUCGAGUUCUCUUUUGAAACGGGAUAGUAGGAAGGAAAAGUCCCUCGGGCUUCUCACACAGAAUUUUGUUAAGCUGUUCCUCUGCACUGAUAUGGAUAUGAUUUCUCUUGAUGAUGCUGCAAAGCUUUUGCUUGGUGAUGGAAAGCACACUUCAAUGACUACUAGAACGAAAGUCAGAAGACUGUAUGACAUUGCCAAUGUUCUGUCUUCUAUGAAAUUUAUUGAGAAGACUCAUCACCCGGAGACAAGGAAGCCUGCUUUCAGAUGGCUGGGGUUGACUGGAAAGCCAGAUAACAGCACUGCUGAUUCCUUGAUUCCAAGUGAUUCUAAGAAGAGGAUAUUUGGAACUGAUCUCACUAAUGCUACAACUACAAAGAGGCUCAGGAUGGAUGAAGAUAGAUUCAAAAUCCUAAAGGCGCAUAAUCAAGUACAAGUCAAACAUGAGAAUGAAAACGAGGAUGAGCCGAUAACUGCUGGAAAGAGUUACCAGUUUGGCCCUUUUGCACCUGCAAAUGUGCCCAAGGUUGGAGAUUCUCACGAUGGAGAAGGGAAAGAGGCUGUUGAUUGGGAAAGUCUAUCCACUUCUUACAGACCUCAGUAUCACAACCAAGCUCUAAAAGAUCUUUUCUCCCACUUUGUGGAAGCAUGGCAAUCAUGGUAUUCAGAGGUUGCUGGGAAAGGCCCUAUGAAACUCAUGUCCUAAAACUAUUUGGUUUGGUCCGCGUCUCAGAAUUUGAAGUUGAUAGUAGAAACGUCAGGUAUGACGUUGAUAGUAGAAAUGUUGAGGUACACUUGUAGACUAGGAGCAGAUAGCUUGAUGGUGAAUGCACACUCCCAGUGCACUAAGUUAUACCAUAACUCACAGGAAUCCAUCAGUUGUAACGUUUGAUCAAAGCUUUUUUUUUUUCAUUGGCUUCAAAUAAGCCUAAUCUCUCAGAUUAGACUAGGAUGCACAUUGGCAUUAGUGAUCUGUUUUUCGCAUUUUAGAUCGAUGAAAGAAGGAUGUUUACUGAAGU